UGGACAGAGUCAAUCCCUGAGAGGGACAGGACUGUUGAAGACACUCGUGUGCUAAUAUGCUUCCGAGCUCCGCAGGGGAAGCUGAGCGUUAGGGAGUUUGACAGGAUCUUGGUGCACCUGCUCCAUGUAUGCCGAUUAUGUGGAGGAGCUGACGUGUGCCAUGGCCAACCUGGACCUGCACUUUCUCAUACACACAGUUUUGUGUUAUCGUUACCUCCCGACCAAGCAGCCCAGCCUGAGGAUCUGACAGCCCCUCCCUCGGCUCCCCCCUUCCCCCUCCAUCCCUUCUUCCCUCCUUCCCUCCUUCCCUCUUUCCUUGGGUGUCCCUCAUUCCUGGGCUCACCAUGGGAGGAUGCUUCUCCAAACCCAAACCAGUUGAAGUCAAAGUGGAACUCUCCCUCCUGGAAAAAGAAAAAGAGAUGGACGGGCUGUCACCUAAUGGCAAAGCCAGUCCCUUUGCUGACUGCAGACCUAAUGGGGCCCUGGGACAUGGCUCUGAUGACGACUCCACGCCGCUCCCCCUCUACCACAAACCACGGGACUAUGUGGAGGCCUCCGUCUGUCAUGUUAAAGAUUUGGAAAACGGACAGAUGCGAGAGGUUGACUUGGGAAGUGGCAGAGCUUUGUUGAUCAAAGAACAUGGGGAGUUCUCAGCCAUGGGCCACAAGUGUCCACAUUAUGGUGCACCUUUGGUCAAAGGUGUGUUGUCGAAAGGACAUGUGCGCUGUCCUUGGCACGGUGCGUGUUUCAACAUUGCAACAGGAGACAUCGAGGACUUCCCUGGGCUGGACAGCCUGCCUACCUUCCAGGUCAGAGUUGAAAAGGACAAGGUGAUCAUUCGUGCAAACAAGCAGGCUCUUCAGUCACAGAAAAGGUCAAAGCCCAUGGCCCGAUGCUCAGCAGUCAUUAACUCCAACACAGGCUUCAGUCACGUCCUCAUCAUUGGCUCAGGUCCAGCAGGUCUGGUGUGUGCGGAGACACUGAGGCAAGAGGGCUUCACCGAUCGCAUCGUCAUGUGCACCAUGGACAGGCACCCUCCAUAUGACAGACCUAAACUGAGUAAGUCUUUAGACAGCACAGCAGAGCAGCUGAGACUGCGCUCCAUGGAAUUCCUACAGGACCAUGACAUUGAACUGCUCACAGAGAAGGAGGCCGUGGCAGUAGAUGUGAAAACACGAUCUGUGACCUUUGAAGAUGGCUUGAGGAUGGAGUACAGGAAACUGUUUAUUGCUACAGGAAGCAAACCCAAACCGAUGAACUACAAAGGCAAGGACGUCAGCAAUGUGUUUCACCUUCAGACGCCAGAGGAUGCAAACAGCAUCGUGAGGCUGGCCAACAACAAGAACGCCGUGAUUGUGGGAACAUCGUUUGUCGGCAUGGAGGUGGCUGCAGCUCUGACUGACAAGGCUCACUCGGUCUCUGUCAUCGGGAUCGAGUCAGUCCCCUUUAAAAAAGCUCUCGGGGAGAAAGUAGGGAAAGCCAUAAUGAAGCUGUUUGAGGCAAACAGGGUGAAGUUCUACAUGCUGAAUGAGGUGUCAGAGAUGAUUGGCCAUCAUGGACAGCUGAAAGAGGUGGUGCUGAAAAGUGGAAAAGUCCUGCGGGCUGACGUGUGUGUCGUCGGCGCAGGAAGCAUCCCCGCGACAGGCUUCCUGAAACAGAGCGGCAUCCACAUGGACUCCAAAGGCUUCAUCACUGUCAACAAGAUGAUGCAGACGAACGCUGAUGGGGUCUUUGCUGGAGGAGAUGUGGUCAUGUUUCCUUUCCCGCCACGCAACAACAAGAAGGUGAACAUCCCCCACUGGCAAAUGGCUCAUGUGCACGGAAGAGUGGCAGCUCUCAGCAUGAUGGGCAGAACCACUGAGAUCAAAACUGUGCCUUACUUCUGGUCAGCCAUGUUUGGGAAGACCAUACGCUAUGCAGGUUAUGGUGAUGGAUUUGAUGAUGUCAUUAUACAAGGGGAUCUUGAUGAACUGAGGUUUGUGGCGUUUUACACCAGGAGUGAGGAGGUGGUUGCUGUUGCCAGCAUGAACUAUGAUCCCAUUGUAUCCCGAGUGGCAGAGGUCUUAGGAUCCGGAAAGACGAUUAAGAAACGAGAUGUGGAGACUGGAGACAUUUCUUGGCUGAUUGACAAAGGUUCUCAAUGACUUGAUGUCUGAAGGCCGCAAGGACAAACCCACAGUCCACCUCGAUAUGGACACUUAUGGUGCUGAGAUGCCGAGCAGCUAUUAUGGUCUGGACAAACACACACACACACACACUGGGGAGAGGACUGCUGGAGAGACACUUCCACUGAGGACGACACUGAAACUUUCGUUCCUGAGAGACAUUUCAACAUGACAAACGGGGCCAUCUGUGCUCUGAAUACACUCAGUCACUGUGUUGGCAGGUCCUUCAUGACAAUAUUGUCAUGCUUCACCACAAAGCAAUAUUGGAUUCAGCCUUUGUGCUGCUGAAAGAUGUAUCUACCUGUACACUUUGUUUAUAAGAAGCCAGGGAUGGGCAUUGUGUUUUUUUUUUUUUUUUGUACAAAUAACAUUGUAAAUAGCUAUAAUCCUGAAUGCACUGUAACAAAAGAAGAGCAUAUAAUUUGAACUGAAUUUUUUCUAAGUUUUAAAUAACAUAUUUGAUGGUAUGCAUACAGGCCUUACAUCUGCAUGGGAUAACUUACUAUCAGUUUAAAAAAAAGUGCAAGGAGUUUAAAAAUAUAAGCCCCUA